AUGGGUGACAAAUUAGUGAAGCAAAUACUUGCAAAGUCGAUCCACCUGACAGACCAAGUAAUCAAAGCAGCUGACGAAUCAAUAGGUUACAAACUAGAAUGUUGGGACCUUAAAUCUAAAUCUGAGAAAAUCUCUGAUUUUCUCCAGCAAGCAAUGGCAAUGAGCUCCGAGCUGUACGAGCGCCCCCUCUGGCGGAUGUUCGAGAAAACCGAACAGGUACUCAACAAAGCCCUUUUGUUGGUAAUUAAGUGCGACACAAAGAAGUGCUUCUUCUUCUUCAACAUAAUCUCAGCCGCUGAUUUUCGUAAAACGUCCUCCCAACUUCAAAACUCUAUCGACGAUAUUUCAUGGUUAAUAUGUAUCUCCGCACUGGAUGAAUAUCAAGUCGGCCAUGAUUUCGGCAUUCCUCCCAUAGCCGCUAAUGACCUCGUGCUCUGUUUCAUUUGGAAACAAAUUGCCAGACUCUGUACCGGCUCACUGGAGGAUCGUUCGGAUGCCGCUGCUUCGCUUGCUUCACUAGCAAAUCAAAGCGACAGUUUGGGAAAGAUGAUUAUUGAAGAAGGAGGAGUGGGUCCCCUUUUGAAAUUAAUGAAGGAUGGAAACAGAGAAGGCCAAGAGAAUGCUGCAAAAGCCAUUGGUAUAAUCAAAGUCACCAAUUCAGCCAUCAUACUCAUCACAAACGCAAAUAUGCGAACAUGGGAACGUACAAGGCCGGAGGUGUCUUAUAACUUAACCUAUUCAACUCUAAGUCGAGAUGUGCUAAAUAUAUAUGAUGAGGUCUAG